AUUCUUCUCGCUGCAUUCUUCACUGUUGGUGGUAAAUAGAAAAGGAAAUAUGUUUUUUGGUUAUAAUAAAACUUUUGAUCUAGGCGGUUUAACAGCAGUUAUUUGGACGGAUUUUAUACAAACAGUAAUUAUGGUUAUAUCAGCUUUUAUUCUGAUGAUUAUCAGUUUUGUCAAAGUUGGUGGUAUGCAACAAAUUCGCAAUCUGUUUCCGUAUGCAGUUGCGUAUACAACAUUACAUAAUACUACUAAAUGUGGUGUAUCGAAUGAAUAUUAUUUCUCAUUAAUUCGUCCAUUCGAUGCUGAUUUACCAUGGUUUGGAUUAUUUUUUGGAAAUGGAGUUGCGUCUAUUUGGUAUUGGUGUUGCGAUCAAGUGAUUGUACAACGAACAUUGGCAGCAAAAAAUCUUACACAUGCAAGAGCAGGAUGUCUUGUUGCGGGAAUAUUGAAAUUUUUUACCGUUAUUUCUAAUGGAAUGAUUGCAAGAAUUCUCUUUCCAGAUGAAAUCGGUUGUGCUGAUCCCGAUGUGUGCUAUCAAGUUUGUCAUAGUCGAAAUGGUUGUAGUGACAUUGCAUAUCCACUUCUUGUGCUUCGAUUAAUGCCCAAUGCAAUUCGUGGUUUAACACUAGCCUGUAUGAUUGCAGCUUUAAUGUCCUCCUUAACGUCGAUCUUUAAUUCGAGUUCGACUAUUUUCACAAUUGAUAUCUGGCAACGUUUUCGUCGAAAUGCACAUGAUUGGGAAUUGAUGAUUGUUGGCAGAGUUUUCGUCAUGAUUCUUGUGGGAAUAUCCAUUCUUUGGAUUCCAAUUGUUCGAGCAGCACAAGGUGCAAGAUUAUUUGAUUAUAUUUCAGCUGUUUCAUCAUUUUUAGCACCUCCAGUCACUGCUUGUUAUUUACUUGGGGUUUUAUGGAAACGAAUCAAUGAAGAAGGAGCAUUUUGGGGUUUGAUAUCUGGUUUAUUUAUUGGAAUAAUUCGAUUUAUUUGGGAAUAUUCUUAUACUUCAAUGCCUUGUCAACUCGAACAUCUGGAUAAACGUCCAUUAGUAGUUCGAUUUAAUUUUCUGUAUUUUUCAGUUCUUCUUUUCAUAAUCUCUAGUAUUGUGACCAUUGUUGUCAGUCUUUUGACAAAACCUAUUCCAGAAAAAUAUGUAAGUUAUAAUUAA